UUGUGUUACUAUGUACAAAUGUAGCAAAAAAUGAUCUUGAUUUUGCUGUUGUUUUUAUGUUAAUUUAAAAGGCAUCAUUAAAAAUGGAGACCAGGAAAAAGAACUUCUUGGAAAAUUUGCGCCAGAAAACUAAGUUGGCUAUAAUGAAGAAGCCAGGUAAGAAGGCGCUUGCCAAGCAGGGGAGAAAUCGGCCCAAUCGGCGCAGUCUUUCUGUGCCGGAUCUCAGGUUGGAGCCAGGUGAAGCGUAUUCUACUGCUUCUAAUGCCGUGUUCCCUUAUCCGUCUCCUGAUGUGAGUGAUACUGACACUUUUACAAGUGACUCAGUCAGUGAUAUGCCACCUGUCACUGACCAACUGAACAAUUCAUUCUCAGAAUCUACGCUCAAGGAUACUACAGAUUACAAAGCUGCAGCUUUGAAUAGAAUAAAUUCACCAGUGGAGUCUUUGAGCCUUGAUGAGCGAAUUGAUGAUAAGAUAAUUUCAGGCUUGGAGAACAAGGUGAUCUCUCCCGAAGAAAUCCUCUAUGCAAAAGUGAUUAAAAGAGCCAAGAGGAAUGUACCUAAAUUUACUUUUGACCCCAUUCCUUCACCAACACCAGACCUUGUAGAGAGAGAGAGUCUCUCUGGUGAAAAGGAGAGCACCAGUGAAGUCCCUCCAGUUGACAGGAUACGUUCAGGUACUGUUGCUGCGGCACUUAGCAGAGCAAGCUCACUGCGAGACCAAGUGAGCCCCUACAUAGAAAAGAGGACCACAGCGUUUGAACAGAGAAAGCCGUCAUUUGAAAAAAGGACUUCGCCAGUAGUCAGACGAGUCGCUCCUGCAGAUAGAACAUAUGUGACUCUGGAUACUCUGGGUACUCCUUUGGAGAGUGCAGAUGGCAUCUCACUGGAUUCUGCCUGUGACACUCCCAGCGAAGAGUAUGUCAAUGCGACCUGGACGACCGACUCAGAUGACCCAGACCAGGAAGCCUACUGUCAGUUCUUCAUGGAAGAUGCCCACACUGAAGAGGCCCUUGAAGAAAUAGAUGAGAUGUCCAGUGAAACAGGUGACCUUUCUGACGAACAUUUGCAAGAUCCUUCAGAAGCUUCUGUUGUAACACCAUGUUCUGACGGCCAAGCACACAUUGUGUUCCAAAGAUAUCUCCUGAGCAUCAUCCUAAAGCAGGGGAGGAACCUGGUCAUCAGAGACAAGCGCUCUGGUACCAGUGAUCCUUAUGUCAAGUUCAAAAUGGAAGGAAAACAGUUUUAUAAAAGCAAAGUGGUUUAUAAAAACUUGAAUCCGAGAUGGAAUGAGUCCUUCUCCCAUCCUUUGCGAGAUCGAGACCAUAUUGUGGAUGUUCGGGUUUAUGAUAAAAAUCGGACUGCUGAUGAAUUCAUGGGUUCCAGCACUAUUUCCCUGAAAGAUCUUGAACUGUUCAAAACCUAUGAAAUGGAAUUGCAGCUAGAUGAUCCAAAAAGCAAAGAAGAUGACAUGGGGGUUAUUAUUGUUGAUGUUUGCUUACUGUUUAGAGAUCCCACCAUCAAAAGAGGCCCUAUAUGGCAUGCGAAGAAGAAGAAUAAGCUGAAACAGGCCACGCCAUCCAGGCAGCCAGCUGAAGCGCAGAAGUAUCAGCUGAAGAACCAGAUGUGGACCAGGAUCCUCGGCAUCACCUUGGUGGAAGGACAGGACCUGCCGCAGUAUGGCCAUGGGGACAUUUACGUCCGCUUUCGCCUUGGUGAUCAGAAGUACAAGAGCAAGAACCUUUGCAUUCAGGCCAAUCCCCAGUGGCGAGAGCAGUUUGACUUCAAUCUGUUUGAAGAUAACCAGGAACCUCUGCAAGUGGAGAUGUGCUCAAAGAGAGGGAGGAAGGGUGAGGAAUCAUGGGGAAUGUUUGAGAUUGACCUAUCGAGUCUUCCACUUAAUGAGAGGCAGCUCCACACUCAUGUGCUGGACCCAGGAAAGGGCAGCCUGGUGUUUCUGGUCACCCCGAGAUCCUGCUGGGGAGUCUCCAUCUCUGACAUCGAAGCAGCUCCCUUGGAGAAGCCUGAUGAGAGAGAUGCAGUUGAGAAUAAAUUUAGCUUAAAGAACUCAUACAACUGUGCUGGGGAGGUUGGCUUCCUUCAGGUCAAGGUUAUAAGAGCAAAUGAUCUUCCUACAACAGACCUCAAUGUAAAAAGCAACCCCUUAUGUGUUCUUGAGCUUGGUAACAGCAAACUUCACACUCACACAAUCUACAAGACCGUAAAUCCGGAAUGGAACAAAGCUUUUACACUCCCUAUUAAGGACAUCAGUGAUGUGAUAGAGUUGACUGUCCUCGAUGAAAAUGGAGACAAAGCCCCAAACGUUUUGGGGAAGGUGGCCAUUCCUUUACUAAGUGUUCAGAAUGGGCAGCAGAUUUGUCUGUUUUUGAAGAAAGAAAACUUGGGAAGUGUGUCUAAAGGAACCAUCACACUGGUGCUGGAGGUUAUCUAUAACACAGUCAGAGCUGGUAUCAAAACCUUCCAGCCGAAGGAGACAAAAUUAAUGGAGGAAAACGUGAAGUUCAAUAAAAAGGUUCUUGCCCAGAAUAUAUAUCGGGUUCGAAAAAUCAGCACAGCAGUUCUGUACACGUUACAGUACAUUAAAAGCUGUUUUCAAUGGGAGAGCACGCAACGGAGUCUAAUAGCCUUUCUGAUCUUCCUUGUGACAGUGUGGAACUGGGAGCUCUUCAUGCUGCCCCUGUUCCUGCUUCUUCUCAUCGGAUGGAACUACUUCCAGCUCACUGCAGGGAAGGACACUUCCAACCAGGACCUUGUGAACAUGACCAUUGGUGAAGACGACGAGGAAGAUGAGAAGGAAGCCGGAAAAAAAGGUUUGAUGGAUAAGAUACAUAUGGUGCAAGAAAUAGUCCUGGCUGUCCAGAACAUUAUGGAAGAAGUCGCAAACGUCGGAGAGCGAAUCAAGAACAUAUUCAACUGGUCUGUCCCAUUUUUGUCGUGCCUGGUCUGCAUAGUGCUGUUUGUGUCAACAGCACUGUUGUAUUUCAUCCCACUGCGAUAUAUCGUGCUGAUAUGGGGCGUUAACAAAUUUACCAAGAAGCUGCGCAACCCAUAUACUAUUGACAAUAAUGAAAUACUGGAUUUCCUCAAGAGGGUGCCUUCUGAUGUUCAAAAGGUGCUGUACAGUGCGCUGAGAGCGCCCACCAGCCAGAGCCAGCCACGGAAGAAAAGGUAGGCUCCACAGACACGCUGGCUGAAAGGCUGUUCUCCUUUUGAACAGUACGAUGCAGUCCACCUGACAACAGUGUUCCAGUGCCAGCAGAGCCCAUGACCCCGUGCACCACCCCAUACCACCCUAACUCUGUCCCCUGCUGCUGAGGGGCAACCAGCCGCUCUCUGGCUUGUGUGUUUGCCACCCCCCUGACAGGGGCUAUGAACUGCAGCAGCCAUGAGGGCAGCACAUGGUGCUGUCAAUCACAAGUCUGGAGGUAAAGGAAAGAGAUUGCUGCAAGGCUCAGCCUUCAUCUUGCAAUGUGAUUUAUAAAAGAAAUGAAAAGCUUUGGGUUUGGCUUAGACUGUCACAGUUUUUUUUUUUUUUUACUUUAGUGAACCUGAAAAAUUUGCCUUAAUGCAAAAGCAGGACAGUUUAUGGAAAACAAACCAAAGCAAUAUUUAUCGCUAUGAGUAAUGUAAUCAAAUGUGAAAAGGCCAUACAGAUGUUUAAAUAAUCAUGGAGAAUUAAUAUAUGUUGCCACACAUUUAACAUAAUAUAUAAGGGCAGAUUACUGAAUUCUACAAUUUCUGUCAUAAGGAUUUUUUUUAUAUAAUAUAUU